AUUUCUAGAAAAUCAGUUCUUCAAAAUAUUCAAAUACAAAUAUUAUAUUAAGUUUUCCUAUUUAAUUAAAAACUUAAAAAUUAAGAAAGGAUUAAAAAAUAUUUUAUAAAACAACAGUAGAACGUAUCGACUUAGACCAAGUUGAAGUAACAGACUUCCUUUCGAGAAUUUAACAAAUAUAGAUCUUUCUAUAGGUAUAUACACGGUACAUACGAUUCUGCUAUAAUGUAUUAUCUUUAUCGCUUUCGAUGAUUGAGUUCAAUAUAUCUAAUUUCUACCUUCGCUGUAACAAAUCGCAGAGGGCAUAAGAAACACUCUGAUUUUUUUUAGGUCGGUAUUUCAGAAUCUGAGAGUUUCUGUUCUUAUAAUUAAUCAAUACGUAUAUCAAUUCUGAUUACUAAUUAUAUCGAAAAUAAUUAACUGCCACUAGAUUUAAUUAUCAUUCCUACCAUACCAAUAACGAUGAUUUCAUAUUUUAUUCUGAACCGAUAAUGUCGUAUCUGACAUGAAAAUAGUAACCUGGGCUACGUAGUUCCCGGAUCGCGGAACACAAAUUUAUAUUGUAUGUUAGGUCUAUCUUAUAUCUUGUUUGUGGUAAUAACUUUGUGAUUUUGUUAUCAUUAAUUGCACAAAUUUCGCAAAAACAAAAGAAAGAUGUCACUUCUUAAGUUUAACAGGAAUUUAUUUGCUAUCCUUAAAGUCCAAAGAUGUCAUGUCCACAGUAUGUUGCAAAUAUGUAAUGAUAAUUCUGAAACUAUUGUUGGAAAACAUGUAAAAGUACAGGGUUGGGUUUAUGCACUGAGAAAGAUGAAAAAUAGUAUUUUUAUUGAUAUUAUGGAUGGAUCAACUCCUAAUAUGUUCCAACUUGUUGUAUCAAAAUCAAAUAAACCAGACAAAUUAAGUUUUGGAAGUAGUAUUAAGGCAGAAGGAAAAUUAGCCUUAAAUCCAAAUGGUAAAGUUGAACUACAUACAGAUAAUAUCGUUGUAAUUGGUAUAUGUGAUGUUAUGGAUGGAUAUCCUUUUGCUCCAAGAAAACUGUAUCAUGUGGAUUAUGUUAGACAGUUUCUUCAUUUAAGACCAAGAAUUAGAACAUUUUCAUCUUUAUUAAGGAUACGUGAUAUGACAUCUGCAACUAUUGAAAAUUAUUUGAGAAGUAAAGGUUAUAUUCAUAUACAUACACCAAUUUUAACUUCAAAUGACUGUGAAGGAGCUGGUAAAUUAUUUUUAGUUAAGCCAGAUUGUAAAGAUCUAUUAAAAUCAAUGAAAAGGGAAGGUAUAGGGGAAGAAGAAUCAUUUUUUAAUACUAAAUCUUUUUUAACAGUAUCAGGACAAUUACAUUUAGAAGCUGCUGCCAGAGCAUUUACAAAAGUAUAUACCUUUGGACCAGUAUUCAGAGCUGAAAAUUGUAAAGCAAGAUUACAUUUAGCUGAAUUUUAUAUGUUAGAAACUGAAUUAGCAUUUAUUAAUAGUAUUGAUAAUAUAAUGAUUGAAGUUGAAUCAUUAAUAAAAUAUGUGGUUAAAGAUAUACUCGUAAAAUGUGCUUCAGAUAUACAUGCAAUAGGUGGUUGUGAGGUACAGUGGUUGGAUAAAAAAUUUGCAUGUAUAACGUAUGAUGAAGCAAUUAAUAUUUUACAAAAUAAUACAAGUUGCUUAGAGAUUCCUAUUAAAUACGGAGCAAACCUAUCUAAAGAGCAUGAAUUGUUUCUAGUGAAACAUAACGAUAAUAUUCCCAUAUUUAUUACAAAUUGGCCAAAAGAAAUGAAACCUUUUUAUAUGAAAGAAUGUAAAGAUAAUUCUUCAAAGGUUGAUGCAAUAGAUCUUUUAGUACCUACUGUAGGGGAGUUAGUAGGAGGCAGUAUACGUGAAGAUGAUUAUGAAAAGUUAAAGUCAAAGUUACCCUUAAUGUCUAAUCUUUCUUGGUACUUAGAACUUCGAAAAUAUGGUAAUGUUCCAACUGGGGGUUUUGGAAUGGGGUUUGAAAGAUUUUUACAAUUUAUUUUUAAUAUACCAAAUAUUAAGGAUACAAUCCCUUUCCCAAGGUGGCCCCAUAAUUGUAGCUUAUAAAUAGAAAUCUCAAGACCUAUUGUCUACAUGGUUAUCCCAUAACAAAGUAUAUAAAUAUACAUAUAAUUAUUGUAUGCAAUUAAAGUAUUUAAAAAUAAAUUUUCUUUUAGGGAAAACGUAAACAAACA